AUGCCAAUCUCCACUAUGAAAUACUACCUCUACCACGGCCUCUCGUGGCCCUCGCUCUCGUUCCUCGCGCGUGACUACUCGACCGGCAAGGUCGUCGGUUACGUCCUCGCCAAGAUGGAAGAGGAUCCGGAAGACGAAGAUGAGCAGCACGGACACAUCACCUCGCUUGCGGUGCUGAGCUCGCACCGUAAGCUCGGGCUGGCCACCAAGCUGAUGAAGGCUGCCGAGCGCGCCAUGCUGGAGAACUAUGAUGCCGCCUUCGUCUCCCUGCACGUGCGCGUGAGCAACCGCGCCGCCCUCCACCUCUACACCAACACCCUCGGCUUCUCGGUGACGAAGACCGAGGUGGGGUACUAUGCCGAUAACGAGGAUGCCUACGCCAUGCAGAAGAGUCUGCGCGAGCCCAAGAGCGCGAAGAAGGAGGAGAAGGCCACCACGGCUGCCGCUGGUAAGCGCGGCGCCACCCGGGCCGCGGGCAAGGGCGGCAAGGGGCACACCGCCGGCGCCGCCGCUGCCACCGCUGCGCUCCAGGAGGACCAGAAGGUUGAGGAGACGACCACGACGACUGAGGCGACCGAUGCGAAGGAGGAGAAGCCUGCCGCUGCAGCUGCCGCCAAGGCCACCCCUGCCGCCGCCGGUGCUGCCGCCGGUGGCGGCGGCGCUGCGUCCAGCAAGAACGCGGCCAAGAAGCGCCGGAGGCAAAAGCAGAAGCAGGCCGGAGGAGAAGAGAAGAAGGCGGAGGGCAGCUGA